UUAAGUGGAAAUCGUAUUCUUCCUUUGCGGGAGACCACGACAUCAAAACAAACCAACAUUACAUUGCAGCAAAAAAAAGUACAAGAAAAUUUCCUUUUCCUACCUUCUAUUUUGAUUAAUUUAAUCUUUCUAGAGCAACCAAUGCUCUUAAUGAACCUAGCAUAACGCUUUCCCAUCGAAUGUUGUCCUCACAAACACCAUGGGCAAAUUCUUCCAUGUCUCCCGUGAUUGUUAUUUUGCUGUUAAUGGUGUGCAACAUUUGCACUGUAUUGUCUUCAAGGGCUUCAAUGACAGCAUCAGAAAAGGAACAAUUGAAAUUAAAGACACUUGAGAUGUUUGAUCAUGCUUAUGGGGCUUACAAGAAAUAUGCUUUUCCAGCUGAUGAACUUAUGCCAUUAAGUUGUAAAGGACGUUAUCGUGGUAGUGAACAAGACCGUGGCGACAUAGAUGAAGCUCUGGGAAAUUUCUCCUUGACUUUAAUUGAUACAUUGGACACCCUUGUGGUACUUGGAAAGCUUGAUGAAUUUGAUGAACAGGUCAAAUAUGUGGCAGCGAAUGUGAAUUUUAAUACAGAUGCUGUGGUUUCGGUUUUUGAAACAAAUAUAAGAGUUUUAGGGGGCCUACUUGGUGCUCACAGUGUUGCUUUAACAUUACAAGAUUCUGGAAAAGGGAUGGCUUGGUAUAACAAUGAACUCUUGACUAAAGCAAUUGAUUUAGCUGAUCGAUUACUGGCUGCUUUUAACACAACUACAGGAAUUCCAUACCCAAAGGUAAAUCUUCGGCAUGGAGUUAAUAACCCAAAAUCUAGAGUUGGUCAUGAAACUGAUACAUGUACAGCAUGUGCGGGAACAAUGAUCAUGGAGUUCGGUGCUCUGAGUCGACUAUCGGGAAAGCCAAUUUAUGAGGAAAAAGCGCAUAAAGCUAUGGAUGCACUAUGGAGUUAUCGCAGCAGGCAUAGUGACUUAGUAGGGACGACAAUAAAUAUUCACAGUGGCGACUGGAUAAGACGAGAUAGUGGAGUGGGUGCUGGUAUUGAUUCUUAUUACGAGUAUUGUUUGAAAGCUUACAUACUUCUUGGAGAUGAUUCCUAUCUCGAAAAAUUCAAUAAACAUUAUGCAGCUAUCAAGAAGUAUGUACAUCAGGGAUACAUGCUGGUAGAUGUGAUGAUGCAUCAACCUGACAGACCGAUUCGAGCUUUUGUCGACGCACUGCAAGCAUUUUGGCCAGGGCUACAGGUUUUAAAAGGUGACUUGAAGCCUGCUAUAGAAACGCAUGAAAUGUUAUACAAUGUUGCAAAGAAAUACAAGUUUUUACCCGAGGCGUUCACGACCAACUUUGAUCUUCACUGGGCACAGCAUCCGUUGAGGCCAGAAUUUAUCGAAAGCACUUAUUUUUUGUACCAGGCGACAAAGGAUCCCUAUUAUCUUGUUGCUGGAAAACAUGUUUUGGAGGCGUUGGAAGAACAUGCUCGAGUACCUUGUGGUUUUGCUGCGCUUAAGGACUUACGUACUUUGGCACACGAAGACAAGAUGGAUUCUUUUGUUUUGGCAGAGACGUUCAAAUACUUGUAUCUUCUUUUCUCAGAAGAAUCUGAGCACGUGAUAGAUGUGCAUGAUUUUAUUUUCACUACUGAAGCACAUCUCCUGCCUUUGUAUCUUUCAAUGGUACCUGGAACGAAGCAACCCAACGAGACGGUCGCCAAAGAAACGCCAGAAGUGGUAAGUUUGGAAGUAUCACUGGAAGAACAUAACUCCUGUCCCAAUGAACGCUUUCCUCAUAAUAAUUUACGUUCGUUUGCUGAAAUGACGCGACAGGCUGUAAAUAGCAAAGGAAAAUUUGUACCUCCAGCCUGUAACAUAGGCUCGAAUCAGAAACAACAGACUGUAACAGAGCGUGUAACUGAGAAAUUGAUCCAGUCGUUAAGAAUUUCAAGUACAAGACCUCGUCGUUUAAAAGCUGAGCAGUUUUCCGUCACAAAUCAAGAACACUUAAAAAUUUUGAAGGAGCUUGGUAUAAGUAUGGUUAACGAACCAAAUGGAAAAGUUCAAUUAGUUCACCAAGCAGCGAUGGCUGCUACACAACAAGAUGCUGAGGAGGGAAUCCUCUUCAUGCAAGAAAUGAUCCAACUGGCAAAACUAAGAGGUGAUAACCCAGGUGAUAUUAAACCGCGUGUUGUACAAAUCACUUCACCGCCUUUUAACGGAGAGACUGUAUUUAAAGCUGGAUCAGCUCAAUUUGGACCAGACAUAGCUAAAAAUAAAUUAGGGAUUUCUGCUGAGUUAGUUGAAAUGAUGCCAUUUCGGGCAUGUCAAAUUGUGGAGAAUGGUGACCAAAUCCAAAAUCGUAUUGUGCUUAUCGAAAGAGGAAAUUGCAUGUUUAUUGACAAGGUACGGUUGGCUCAGCAAUUAGGAGCAUUGGGGGUGAUCAUCGUCGAUCACAUGGAGGGAACUUCAUUUGAGGUUGCACAGUCGUUUGGAAUGAGUGGUGACAGUCAUUCUGACGAUGUCAUUAUACCUUCCGUGUUUUUGUUCAGAAAAGAAGGUGACGAGUUGAGAAAGCUUAUGCAGGAAACAGAAGGAAAGUUGGAAGUGCGUUUGGCGGAAAAACCUGUCACAACUGAAGAACUAAAGAAGGAAACGGCAUCUGAAUUUGUAACCGAACAACGCGAGGGUGAAUCAAGAAAAGAGGUCCAUAUUGACAGUAAGGGAAGAAAAAUUAUCACAACAACUACUGAAUUUUUUGGGCCGAACAAUAACGGCGAAUUAAAAAAACAUAUUCAAAAGACGAUACAAACAUGUGCAACUCCAGAGUGUGACAAAGAUGUCAGUAUUAACGUCGUGGUCAGACAAGAGGAUGUCACUCCAGAAAAAACAGAGAACGUUUUAAAUGAGGAAGGCCAGCCAGCAAGCGCUGGGGAAGGCCAGCCAUCAAGCGCUGCUGUCGAUCCCAUGAAGGGAUUUAUAACCAGUUUUGAAGGUGCAGAUUUGAAAACUUCUGAAGGAUUAAAAGAAAAAAUUACUGAGAAAACACAGGAAGAAAGCAAUACAAAAAUAUGUACGUCUGCCGGUUGUUUUGCCAGUUUAAAAGAGUUGCAGGAUAUGAAUGAUAUAGCUGGAGGGCUUUUAAAACAAAUCGAGAAACUUCAAAGUCAGUUGGAAAUUACUAAAGUAAAAAAUAAAGACCAGAUGAACAUAUUGGUUGUUGAGGAAAGUAGUUUGCCUUCGGACGUUACGGAGGAUGCUGGUAAAAUACUAAGCAGUGAGGGUGAGCAACAUUCAGUCAUGAAGAACGAGGAAGAUAGUAUACCUUUAGACAGUACAGAGGCCGGUAAAAUAAAAGACAUUAAGGGAGAACAACCUCCAGCCAAAGAAAACGAACAAACUGUAGGGGAUACAUCCACGUUGAGUGCCUUUGAUCAGAAAAUGAUUGGCACCUUGCUGGAUAAGGCUAAAGAGGAGGAAUGUAGGCUUUACUUGAAAAAUAGAAAGCCUUUUGUUUAUGCAAUGGGGGAUGAUUUUAAUAACCGGUUGACCGAGGAUUCUAGAAAGAAAGAAGAGGAAUGCGCACAUUACAUUAAAGUAAUAGCCGAGAAAAACAAAAGAACUACGAAGACAACCAGCAAGAGGACUAAGUCUGAUUUAUAGUACAGAAGUAAUGUUGUUCGAAUUUUUCUACUUUACGAAUUCUAAUCAACGCUGGAUGGCUUCACAAUCAAUAUUGAUGCCAUUUCACGGUCUCGAUUUAACAAUGAUACUUGAUUAUUUAUUUCUCAUAAUUUUCAUUUAAUCUCAGUAAACAGGGAGAUAAUUUGGUUACGAAGGGUAAAGAUUUUGCAAAAUUGAGAGAAGGUCAAAAGAAAUAGAAGGCAUUUGAUUACUAUAAUUGGAGAAACUUUCGCGAGAGAAACUUUGGCGAAUUCGCGAUUUUUCGCCAUUUUCGCGAAAGUUUAUAUCGCCAAAAUUUGCGGGUUUCUUAAUUCGCGAAACUUUAUCAUGCGAAAGUUUCCGAACUUCUUCAUUCGCGAAAGUUGAUCCAGUAAGCUAUUUUAUCAUUUUUCACCAAAAACGGACAAAAUACUUAGAAAUCUUUUUUCGAGAAAGAAAAUUUAUAACAUUUCAAUCGAAUCCAGUAUUCGAUGCUAAUAUCUGUGUUGAUGCAAAGAUACAAAAAAAAUAAUAUAUGCGGGUUUCUUCAUUCGCGAAAGUUAAUCUCGCGAUAUUUUCCGAAUUUCUUCAUUCGCGAAAGUUUCUUCAAUUAAAGUAGACAGGUAAACAAGCCAUCCUCUAUUAUACUUGUUUGCCAGGAGCCUCGAUCAAAGAUUUGUACAUGUUUACCAUAGGCUUCACAAUUUGUCAUGUCUAGAAAAUGAACUGCAAAUGUAAGGAAGAUCAUGAAUUUUAGAUGCUGUUUUUUAUUGUUUAAUGUUAUCCACAGGCACGCCAAGUGUGGUAAAGUGUUUAUACUUUAAUUAUAUAUCUUACACGAUGCACCUAGGUGCGUCACGUUUAUUUAAAUUAUAGCUUUCCAGGCGGAAACAGAAAUGAUUUUUUAAGUUCUGGAGGAGGUGCUACUAGCUACAAUUUUUUGUCGGUCUUCGUAAUUAUGAAGAAAGACUAUAAAGAAUCUCUGGAUUUACCAUUCAGAGCUCUAAAAAUAAAACCUCCCAGUGCUCUCGGGACGAGAAUGUGGAUUAACGUUAUAUCGUAUUAUAUCGUGUUAUAUCGUUAUAUAGUGUCGUUUAACUAUAACCUCGUCUCCAACGUCUUUAACAGAAAAAGGCGCUGGAAACAAGGUUGACUAACGAACUAUAUUUUAGUAGAGUAUUUAUUUGUAUUCAAACUAUGCACUUUGUCGUAUUUAAAUAAAAAAAGUGUGUAGGA